AUGUCCGAGUCCUUACAAGACCUAUUACCGGCGCUGGUAAUCGUUGGAAUCUCGCUGAAAUUCCCGGAGGAUGCAGUAUCUCCAGAAUCUUUCUGGAAGAUGCUAAUGGAUGGACGAUGCGCGUCAAAAGAGUUCCCAGCAGACCGGCUAAAUAUCGAUGUAUAUUAUGAUUCUAAUCCAAACCGCUAUGAUACUCUAUCAAAUCGUGGCGGCUACUUUCUAUCUGAAGAUCUCAGCCUCUUUGACGCACCUUUCUUUUCUAUUACAGCCGCUGAAGCCACGGUAAUGGAUCCGCAACAGAGAUUAGCGCUUGAAACAUCAUAUCGAGCUCUAGAGAACGCAGGUAUUGGUAUGGAGAAGGUUUAUAACUCAAACAGUUGCGUUUUCAUGGGGUGCAGCAGUAAUGAUUACCAGACCAUGAUGACAAAAGAUAACUUGGAUGCCCAGAAAUUUGCCGCUACAGGAACAUCGCCUAAUAUGCUGUCUAAUCGCGUGAGUUGGUUCUUUAAUCUUCAUAGAACCAGUAUUACUAUCGAUACUGCAUGUUCAAGUAGCUUGGUGGCGAUUGAUCUAGCCUGCAAGUCAAUCUGGAGCGGUGAAACCUCGAUGGGGAUCGCCUUGGGAGCCAACGCGAUUCUUACGCUCGAAACCACCCUAAGCCUAAGCAAUCUCGGCCUGUUAUCUCCGGACAGUCGAUGUUAUAGUUUCGAUCAGCAGGCAAAUGGAUUUUCUCGCGGUGAAGGUGUUGCAGCCCUGAUUUUUAAACCUCUAGAUGAUGCCCUCCAGAACGGCGAUUCUAUCCGUGCCAUUAUACGAUCUUCUGCAUCCAACCAGGAUGGAAGGACGCCUGGAAUCACAUUGCCAAACAUCGAAAUACAAGAGGCUUUAAUCCGCGAAACCUACAACAAGGGUGGCCUUCAAACGGACCUCACUCGUUACUUUGAAGCGCAUGGAACAGGAACGGUGGUGGGAGAUCCAAUCGAGACAAAAGCAAUUGGUUCCAUAUUUAGGUCUACCCGGUCACGUCAGGAUCCUCUGUAUAUCGGAUCUGUCAAGUCUAACAUUGGCCAUCUGGAAGGCUGCAGUGGGCUGGCUGGUUUAAUCAAAGCAAUUCUUAUACUGGAAAAGGGCAUUAUCCCGCCCAACAGCGAAAAUUUCUCAAAGAUAAAUCACCGGACUGACGAAGACUUCUUCAAUAUCAAGAUUUCCAAUGAAGCCAUUCUGUGA